GCGGCAUGGAGCCGGGGGCCGGCGGCUCGGUGGGGCCGUCGCCUUCGUUCAAGGAGGAGCUGCUCUGCGCCAUCUGCUAUGACCCGUUCCGCGACGCGGUGACUCUCCGCUGCGGCCACAACUUCUGCCGGGCUUGCGUGGGCCGCUGCUGGGAACUGCAGGACGCGCCCGCCUGCCCUGUGUGCAAGGAGCGGGCGUCCCCGGCUGGGCUGCGCACCAACCACACGCUCAACAACCUGGUGGAGAAGCUGCUGCGCGAGGAGGCCUGCCCGGCCCGCCCGCGGGGGCCCCGCUUCUGCCGCCUGCACCACGGCCAGCUCAGCCUCUUCUGCCUGGACGACAAGGAGCUGCUGUGCGGCUCGUGCCAGGGCGACCCGCGGCACCAGGGCCACCGCGUGCAGCCAGUGCAGAGCACGGCCCGCGACUACCGGGCAAAGUGCAGGAACAUGGAGCAUUGUCUUCGGGAGAAGGCCAAAGCUUUCCGAGCCAUGAGGCGUUCUUACGAGGCCAUUGUCAAGCAUAAUCAGGUGGAAGCUGCCUGGCUUCAGGGCAGGAUCCGGCAGGAAUUUGAGAAACUCCGAGAGUUCUUGAGAGUAGAAGAGCGCGCGGCCCUGGAUGCAGUGACUGAGGAGGCGGGGCAGAAACUGAGGCAGGUAGAAGAAAAAAUGAAACAGUUGGCAGAAGAGACGGAGGCCUUGGCUCAUGAGAUCGGGAGGCUACAGAUGGAGAUGAAGGAAGAUGACAUCUCCUUUCUCAUGAAACACAAGAGCCGUAAACGCAGGCUUUCCUGCACGACUGAGCCAGAGCCUGUCCAACCAGGAAUGCUUAUCGAUGUCAGCAAGUACCUGGACUCCCUGCAGUACCGUGUCUGGAAGAAGAUGCUGAGCAGUAUUGAAGCUGUGCCCUUCAGCUUUGACCCCAACACAGCAGCCGGCUGGCUCUCCGUCUCUGACGACCUCACCAGGGUCACCAACCAUGGCUAUCGGGUCCAAGUGGAGAACCCUGAGCGCUUCUCAUCCUCUCCCUGCCUGCUGGGCUCCCGGGCCUUCUCCCAUGGCUCCCACACCUGGGAGGUGGAUCUGGGUGGGCUCCAUAACUGGCGGGUGGGUGUAGCUCGGACUCGUCGAGAGUCUGGUGGGGACGGGCACUCGCACAGCUGCUACCACGAUGCCCGCUCAGGCUUCUGGUACAUCUGCCGCACCCGAGGAGUGGACGGGGAUCACUGUGUGGCGUCCGAUCCUUCGGCUUCGCCCCUGGGCCUUGUGCUGCCUCAGCGCCUGCGUGUGGAGCUGGAGUGUGAGGAGGGGGAGCUCUCCUUUUACGAUGCUGAGCGGCAGUCCCACCUCUACACCUUCCAUGGCCGCUUUGGGGAGGUGCGGCCCUAUUUCUACAUAGGGGGUACGCGGGCAGACACUCCCCCUGAGCCUCUGCGCCUCUGUCCACUCCAUAUCCAGGUCAAGGAAGAACUCUAAGGCCGAGGGCCUUGGAGUUAAAUCUUUCCCUUCUCUAAUUCAAUACCCUUCCUUCCCACCUUCCCCAUUGCACUUUCCCUAGUAUUCCUGUUCAUUCUCUACCUCUCUUCUACCUGCCCCUAUCUUCUCCCCAGAACACUGGUUUUUAAGUCCCAGAGCCUGUGUUCAAAUCCCAGCCCUACCACUUACUACCCGUGUGACCUUAGGAAAGGUCACUUCUCUUCUACUGGUCUUAGUUCCAUCAUUUUUUAUUUUAUUUUAUUUUUAUUUUAUUUUUUAGAGACUAAGUCUCCCUAUCUCACCCAAGCCAGAGGUGCAGUAGCCACACUAAAGCGCAACACGAAUGCUUUAACCUGCCCCAUUUUUCUGACCUGGGUCAGUUUGCCCUUCCUUAAGCAGCCUGGUUUCUCCCUUUCAUUCUCAGGGCUCCCCCUAUUGAUGUUAGACUUAGCAUAGCCACCCAUCUGCUUUUGCCCCACUGCAGCCCAGAACCCCCAUACUCCAGCAACCCACCAGCCUCAGCCUUCCCCAGUAGCAGGGAUUCCAGGUGUGAGCCGCCACUCAGCAGCCCCCUCAUCCAUAGAUGACUUUCAAGGUCCUUUCCAACCUCAAGAGAGUCUGUGAUGCUGGGAUCCCUUCGCAGUUUGGUCACCAGAUUUCCCAACUUGCUCUGUGAGUGAUAAGGUCAUAGAAUCUAGAGCCCCAGAGACCAUCCAGUCCAACUCCAUCAUCCUACAGAGGGAGGUGAAGUAACUUACCCAGCGUCACUCAGGUAGUAUUUGGCAGAACUGAGAGCUGAGCCUAGGUCCAGAUAGACUAUGAGAGGUUAAAGGGCAGGAAAGCAGCUAAGUUCAGAAGAAGCCUGAGUGCCUGGCCUUUGCUGGGCUGCUGCUGACUCUGCACUUUAAAGGGUCUCGCAUGUUUUUCCUCUCUGGUCCUUUUUUUUUUAAUUAAAUUUUAUUUUAUUUUCACAAAGAUUUGCCUUCACUCCCUCCCCUCUUUC